AGGGUCUCGGGGGCCGUGCUGUGCCUGCUGGAUGUGUUUGCUGUGUCGCGGCUGCUGGCGUGUCCUCGUGGGAGGUUGUGUACUGCAGGAGAGAAUUGCUGGAAAAUGUGAGCGCUUUGAACUGAGUUAUCUGGAAGAGCUGGCUGUGGUUACAGGACCAGGCUGUAUGUGGGGAAUCUCAGUGGGACAGCCUGAAGAUCAAAUAGCAAUAGUUACUGCUUCUAGGAAUGUGAGCAUGUGCAAGAUUUAACACCAGGUCAAUUGCACUGUUUAAGAAUAUUAUCCUCUCCAGAGGUCAAAGAGUUCACAUAAGCCUGCCAUGAAUAUAAAUAAAAAUAUUCCUUAUUAAUUGCUCAGAAAGUAAGGAGAUCCUCGGAAGAAAAAUGAAAAAACAAGCUUCUGAUCACAGGGUAAUGAACCACAGAAAUAGAACUUUGGGAGAAGACAGUGAUGACAAAAAUCAAAGUUGCUCUGAAAAAGGUCACAGUGAAAAUGCCACUUAUGGAAGUUGCACUGUAAAACUUCCAGUAAUAGCAUCAUUUGCAGGUACUGCUAAAAAAAUUCCACCUCAGAAGCCAAGACAUGGCAGAUCUAAUUUUUGCACCAGUAACUCCCCGGUCUUGUUGGAGAAGACAAAAACUGUUAGUAAAGUAAAGGAUAGAGCACGUAUGCUACAGGCGAAUCUCUACAACUUAAGGAAUGAUAAAGCUGAAAAAAUAGGUACUGUGAUUAAAGAUAGUGAUGAGUUUAGCUCUGCAGACUUAGAGAGAAAUGAAAACAUUCCCAGGAAGGGAAAAUUAACCAGGGAAAGCUGUAAGAAGAGAAGCAAAGAGAUUUCAAAACUAAAGCAGCAAGAUUUAUGUGUUGAAUUGGGACAAGUGCUGAGAAAAGGAAGCAAGCAGCCAAGUGUGAGGUCUGCUCAGGAACAGUUGGAAGAGAUGCCAGUUGUUCAAAAAGAAUCUCGAGUAGCAGAAAAUGAAUCUCAGCCUUCAGAUGAGCUGUUAACAUAUAAUAAGCAGAUGAAACAGGCUUCAUCCACAGAUGUGCUAUGGGUGGAAGGAAAAGCGAUAUCAAAAAUUAAACCAAAUGAGUUUCAGAAAGAUCUACAAGAGGAACACAACUUGCAACAGUGUUUGUCUUUCCUGCCCACUCGUGCUUCAAAUGUCAAACAGCAAAAUUAUUCAAGCAUUCAUCAUCUAUGUACUGCUUUUCCCGGAUUUAUGUUGCCUCCGUAUCUACAAAUGGCUUCAAGAAUUUAUCAUACUUCAAAUAGAAGAGGUCACAAUAUCUUGUUUACGGCAGAGGAUAUAGACAAUAGGCAGAAAGAAUCCAUAUAUUCUGAGUAUAUUUACUUGAAAGAACAAGCUGAAAAGAAAAGAAUUUGUUAUGAAGGAGUUCCUGCUUCAGAACUGUUUCAGAAUGAUCAGAAAGAUGGGAUUUGCUCUCUUCCACCUCAUACAUCACAAACGCUAGCUGAGUGGCAAAAAGCUGAUUGUAGUGUUAAAAAACCACAGCUUCAACUGGUAGGAGAGAAAGUUUCCAUUUAUCCAGAAGCUUUGAAAAUGUUUUGGGCUCCUGUUCCACCAAAGUUCUUUGCUCCAAUUUCUUCUAUGAAGGAAAUUUUAUUUCCUAAAUAUGAGAGCAACGUUAUUGAAGAUAUCACGUAUGAAGACUUCUUAAUUGAUUAUGAAGAAGAGUUAGAAACUGAGCAAGCUGAUCUUGAUUUCUAUGAUUUGCCAACAGAAAAUCAGCUGAGAAGAUGCCAGUCUUUCUCACAUUUUUCUGACAGGGAGAGCUCAAAGAUAAAUUUGAUUAAAAGAUCAGCCUCUGCGCCGGAGAUGACUGCUUUCAAACAUGAUACUAUAUUAAAGAUGUCAGCUGAUUUCAAAACCAGUAUGAAAGAGUUGAAGUUUAUGAAACAACAAAUAGCUGAGUCAAAGGUUGAGACUGAGACUGCGAACAGCUCCCCUGCCAAGCAUCUUUUGAGCCAAGUCUGUGAUGAUUGCCACUCAAAGACGACAAACGCACCAGUGGAAAAAAUGCCUACUUUGACUGGACAAGAGGAUAGUGAGAAUACUGUACUUGCAAAGAGAGCUCAAAAGGCUGGAAUUAAAUAUGUUAUUGUCCCAAAAGGAAAGAGGAAGAAGAAAUCAAGGAAAGCAAUAAAUACUAGAAAAUUAGAAGCUGUGAUUAAGAAAUUAAAUGAACCUCCAAGAAUUCUUAAAAGGUCUGUGUCUCUAGGAAGACUUCUUAUUCAUAAUGAAUUCAUUAUCAAGGUGUCGCCAACAAUCAAACUAUAUCAAAGCCCAAGCGUCCCUUGUUUGUUGGAUUUUGAAAAGUUUGCUAAAGUGAGGGGUGGAAUUCCAAAAGAAACUUCUGCUCGUGCGUGGGUCAGUGGAAUCUGGAGCUGCUGGUUUGAUGAGACAUUCCCUGCUAGUGGGACUGUUCCUGAGAAAGGUCCUGAAUUGCUAGAAGGAGCUAAGGCAGUUGGCUCUAAAGAAACAAAUCUACAAAUAGAACUAGUUGACUCAAUACAACCUGUUCUGCUUGAUGAUGCAGUAGUUAACACUGAAGAUUUAGAAGAAGAAGUAAGAAGACUGACUGAUCUAAUAGAAAAGGUUGAGCAUCCUUCAGCCUUUCAAUAUUGCAGGCGUGGAGCAAUACGAAGAAAGUUAGGCAAGCUAAAAUCAGCUAUGGAUGACUUGGAAAAAGCUAUAAGCUUAGAACCACUACUACUUGAUGCUUAUUGGCAUAGACAUUUGAUUUACCUCUUUCAAGAUAAAUUCUCUGCUGCUUUAAAUGACCUGAAUUUCAUUACUAAAUGGAACAAAAAUAAAGCAGAUGCAUACCUGUCAAAGGCUGAAAUUUACAGAAAACAGGGUGAUAAUACAAUGGCAAUCUUCAAUUACAGCUCUGCAAUACAAUGCAACUCUACAGAUGAUGACAUGUAUUUCAGAAGAGCUGAGUUGUAUUUUGAGGAAAAUCAAUUGUUGUUGGCUGUAGAUGAUUAUGCCAAAUGUUUUCAGUGUAACCCAAAAAGAACAGAUGCACGUAUGAAACAUGGAAUAUAUUUCUUUGACCAUUCAAUUUUGACUACAGCUAUUCAGGAUUUUACAGCUGUGAUUAGAGAAGACCCUAGCAAUGCUCAAGCAAGGCUAUAUCGAGGAAGAGCAUAUGCUAAACAGAAGCAGUAUAGAAAUGCAGUACAAGACUUGGCAGCAGCAAUUCAUCUAGACCCCUCUUGUUGGUUAGCAUUCUACUAUAGAGGUUGCAUCUUUCGGGAGAUUGAUCCAAAAAGAGCUCUGCAGGACUUCAGUGUUUCUGUACUCAUCAAUGACACUCAGGAGAAUUUUUCUGCUUUUCUUCAUCGUGGGGUCAUUUACUCAAAGCAACAGCAAUGGUCAUUUGCAAUCCGUGACUUUGAAAGCGUCAUAGCUUUGGACAGCUCUAUCAUCUGUGCUUACUUAAAUACUGGUUUGAUACUGCUGUUGCAUCUGGAUCAAUACUAUGAAGCAAUUCGGCAGUUUACUAACGCUAUAAAAAUUGAUCCUCUCAAUGUUCAAGCCUACUUGUGUAGAGCACAAGCAUAUCACAAGAUUCAUAAUUUAUCACAUGCUGUGAAAGACAUAAAUCGAGUAAUUCAUCUUUAUCCAGAUAAGUCAGAACUGCAGAUACUAAGGGGACAGUAUUUGUUGGAGUUGAAGAAAUAUGAGCUGGCAAGUUUAUGUAUUCAUCAACUUGCAAAAAUGAAUGAAGUGUCCUUUCAGAUUCAGCCUGUUCAGCAAGCACUCAUACAGUCAUUUUGUCAAAAUCACAGUAAAGCCAUAGAAUGCUUACGUGAAGCUGCUACAACUCAACCUGAGCCUUCAAUGUUUGUCCUCUUAGGAAAAAUGCAAAUGAAAGCUGAGAAAAUAGAGGAUGCUGUGGGAAGUUUUAAACAAGCUAUAAAUCUGCUGAUGACCUCAGAAAAAAUCCUUCCUCCUACAUUUGAAGCUGCAGAAAUGUAUUAUCUCAUGGGCCUAUGUUAUAUGGAACAAAUAAAUUUAUUAGAGGCCUGUGAUGCUUUUAGUAUGGCUAUCAGACUACAUUCAAGUUGCCCUGAUGCUUUUUAUCAACGAGGGCUGUGUCGAAUGCAACUCGGACAAACAAAGUGCAUCCAAGACUUCAAUCAUACACUUGAACUUUGUCCAUCACAUUUCCAGGCAUAUAUGGGUCGUGCUGCUUACUAUGGAAGUAAAGGCAGAUAUUCUAAGGCAAUUAUGAAUUGUAAUGAAGCAAUCAAAAUUCAUCCCAACAGUGUAAAAGCUUAUUUUUACCGAGGAAUACUGAAGUAUCAAAAUAAGACAUUUAAAGCUGCAAUUGAGGAUCUUUCAAAAACUAUUGUCCUUGACAAUACCUGCAUUUUGGCAUAUUAUAACAGAGCAAUCUGUUAUCAUCAAAUAAAGAAUUUCAGAAAGGCUUUGAAAGAUUACGGAAUUUUUCUUCUGCAUGAGGAGCACAAGGAAAUAGUUUUAAAAGUGUUCAUCAAUCGUGGACUACUCUACAUGGAACUUGGUGAUUACGCUAAUGCCUGUGAGGACUUGAAAGAAGCAGUGCUGCUUAGUCCAGGUGAUAGCCAGAUCUUUCAAGCUAUUGGAACCUGCCAUUAUCGACUUAAUGAGUUUGAAGACGCUGUGAGAUCAUUUAAUCAGGUUCUCAGACUAGAACCCAUUUCUGUGGAAGCCUAUAUUGGACGAGGAAAUUCAUAUAUGAAAACAGGACAUGAGCCUAAUCUUGAACAGGCACAGAAAGAUUUCUUGAAAGCAAUUCACCUGAAUCCAAUGUGUAUGAAAGCCAGAAUUUGCUUGGGGUACAACUUGCAGGCCAUUGGAAAGCUCCAGAGUGCUUGGAACCAGUUAACAAUUGUCAUUGCUAUUGAUUCAAAAUGCAAUGCUGCAUAUGAAGGACGAGCUUCAGUGUCUCUUCAAAUGGGUGAAGUUUUUUCUGCGCUUCAAGACAUAAAUGCUGCAUUAAAGCUCACUACUACUGCUCCACUGCUAACAAAUCGGGGUAUCAUCAAUCAGUUAAUGGGGCAUUUGUCCUGUGCCAUGAAGGACUAUCAACAGGCAAUUUCUGUUGACCCCACCUAUGCAUUAUCUUAUUUCUGUGCAGCAAAUAUCUACUUCCAUAAUCAUCAGUUUUCACAGGCUUAUUGCUAUUAUUCAGAGGUACUAAAUCUUGAACCAAGAAAUGAAUCUGCUAUCAUGAAUCGUGCUGUUACAAAUACAAUAUUAAAAAAUUUUGAAGAGGCAAAAGAAGACUUUGAGAAGGCAGUCUGCCUCUGUCCAUGCUCUGCAGCGGUGUAUUUUAACAGGGCAAACUUCUAUAAUGCAUUAAAGCAGUAUGAGCUAGCUGAGAAAGACAUUUCAACAGCAUUGUCAAUUCAGCCUAAUGAUGCCAUGAUGUACAGACUUAGAGCUGAUAUUCGUGCUAAAUUGGGUUUCAGUAGAGAAGCUAUAGAAGACUACAAGCAAGCAAUCAGCAUACAAGAACAGACUGACUACACGUGAAAAGACAUUGGUUCUAUUUACACAUUUCUCACACUUUAAUUAAAAAGUCCAAUGUGCAAGAAAUAUUUUAAUAUGUUUUAUACACAUUGUAUUUUCCUAACUACUGUAAUUACUUUGUUUCAGCCAGAGUUAUGAGAACAGAAUGCCAUAUUUUAAUUGUUACCUGUUAUAAAUCGUUCUUUAUUUCUUAAUGGUUGAAAAAACAUUUAAUUGUUUGGUAAAUGAAAGUAGUAGUAAUUACAAACAAAAAGCUUGAAAUUCUGGUGACAGAAGGAUGAGAGAGAUAUGCUACCAACCAGUAUAAAUGCUUACAGUGAUGGUGGUUGUAUGUUGCCUGGACCAUCUAAGAAGUAAUAGUUUUAAGGUUGAUGGCUAUCAAAUGCUGAUAACUGCUAACUAGGUCUCACUUUUUACUUCAUUGUACUUCUACACCUCUUAAUAAUAUUCCCUGUCCCCUGCCACUGGCAGUAGACAAUGUGUAACAUAUGCUGUUGUGGUGCAUGAAAACUGCUCCAAGAAGUUGAAUUUGAGAGGAAGGUGUAAUUCAUCCUGAAAGCAAAGUUGAGAUCACUUUCUUCUGUGUAAAUGUAUUACAGUGUAUCAGCUUUGAAGAGCCAUAUAAAAAUCACAGAAUCACAGAAUCACAGAAUC